GAAACUGAGUUUAGACAGCAAGAGACAUUCUUGGAACGACAGAGACAAACAAGGACUUGUGCGGAGCAGAGACACUGGCCGGGGGGGAAAAAGAGACGGCUGUGAAGAGACUAGCCGGCACUGAGAGAGAGACUGCUCUAUGUCCAGUCACUGACACCUACCAAAGCCCCAUAGACUUGCAGGAGCUAAUGUAAUACUGAGAAGCGAAGUACCACGGCUCCCGUGCGCUGUAGACAUGCUGCAGGGGACUGGAAGGCACUGAGAGGCUUCUGGUGCGUGAGCUAACGAUGGCUUCCAUGGCUGGAUAGAGUACCUGCUACUAUGGAGAUGCCUGCAGUCUUGGAAAGUGCAAACCUUCCCUCUGAGGGGUCACGCAUACAGAAGGAGGAUACUGAAAUAGAGGACAAUGGGGACGUAUUUUACACACAGGAGGGGACAGGUGACGAGCAGUGUCCCAACCGAAACACUAAACAAGAAGGCGGCACAGAUGAUGUGGGCGAGGAGCCCGCUCAGGUUGAUGGUGUAGACGAUUUAACAAAUGUAGAUACGACGAGGGUGGAACUGAAUGUGGAAAAUUCUUCAGGGGCUGUAGGUUCCCUGGGUAGUGCCCAGGAAGAACAGACCAAGGAAUUGUCUUCCGUCACCUCAUUACCAGUCAGCCAGGACUUGGAGGCCUUGCCUCACAGGACCGAAUUGGCUUCUUCCAGUCCGGAUAUUACAGAUGAAGCAAAGGUUGACUGUGAUGAGGGACCUGCAUCCACUGCAGGAGAGGACCAAGGGAAUGAUGCAAAGGGGGCCAAAGAGAAAGGAGCCCCAGAAGAGGAGAAUGGUCGCAGUAAACAGGGGCCGAAGAGAGUCACAUUUCCUAGUGAUGAUGACAUUGUAUCUGGUGCCCUAGAACCCAAAGACCCGUGGAGACAUGCCCAGAACGUGACUGUGGAGGAUGUCGUCACGUCCUAUACACAAGCCUGCCAGAAACUGAACUGCAAACAGAUUCCGAAACUUAUCCGGCAGCUUCAGGAUCUGACUGAUCUUUCAGGGAGGGUUGAGAGCCUGGAUCUCAAGGGGGAAAAAUUGGACCAUAAGGCGUGUGAGGCACUGGAGGAAAUCUUUAAGCGGGUGCAGUUUAAAAUGGUGGAUUUGGAGCAGACAAACCUGGACGAGGAUGGAGCCUCUGCCUUGUUUGACAUGAUUGAGUAUUAUGAGUCAGCGACGCAUCUCAACAUCUCCUUUAACAAGCACAUCGGCACUCGGGGCUGGCAGGCCGCUGCUCAUAUGAUGCGAAAGACAAAUUGCCUGCAGUAUUUGGAUGCUCGAAAUACCCCCUUGCUGGACCACUCUGCACCAUUUGUGGCCCGAGCUCUACGCAUCAGCAGCAGCUUAGCUGUCCUUCACCUGGAAAACAGCAGUCUCUCUGGAAGACCCCUGAUGUUGCUGGCCACGGCUUUAAAGAUGAACAUAGUAUUACGGGAGCUGUAUCUCGCCGACAACCGCCUGAACAGCUUGCAGGACUCAGCCCAGCUGGGAAAUGUAUUGAAGUUCAACAGCUGUAUACAGAUCCUCGACUUGCGGAACAACCACAUCAUGGACUCAGGUCUGGCUUAUAUCUGUGAGGGAGUGAAGGAGCAACGUCAGGGACUGGUAACCCUUGUUCUCUGGAACAAUCAGUUGACUCAUGCUGGCAUGGUCUACAUGAGCAUGUGCUUGCCUCACACUCUGACAUUAGAGACCUUAAACCUUGGUCAUAAUGCAAUCGGUAAUGAAGGGGUCCGCCAUCUUAAGAAUGGUCUGAUUGGAAACCGAAGUGUACUCCGAAUUGGUCUGGCAUGUGCUAAACUCACGUGUGAAGGCGCAGUGGCUGUAGCAGAAUUUGUGGCCGAAUCCCCUCGUUUAUUGCGUCUUGAUCUGAGGGAGAAUGAAAUUAAGACGGGAGGCUUGAUGGCGCUGUCGCUGGCUCUUCGUGUGAACCAGUCUCUUCUCAGGAUGGAUUUGGACAGAGAACCUAAGAAAGAAGCUGUUAAGAGCUUUAUUGAAACACAAAAGGCUUUGUUGACAGAGAUUCAGAACGGUUGUAGGAGAAACUUUGUCUUGGCCAAGGAGAAGGAAGAACGCCUCCAACACUCAGUAUCAAUGGCAGAGAUUGCCAGCACUGGUGAAGAGGGGGACACAAACACUGCCCCAGGAGAGAACAGCCAUGCUGCUGAGGACUCCAGCACUGCCAAUGAGAACAGCAAACCGCACUCAGAUGACCAAGAGGAAGAAGAGAUUACACCUGCCCCAGACCCCCAAGGUCAGGACUCGGACUCUGAUACAGAGGAUGAAGAAGAGUUAAACGAGGCAACCGAAAAGCCAGCUGAGCAGCCAGUGCAGAGCUCCCCGGCUCCGGUGGCAGUGUCUAGCCCGGGUAGAGGUCAUAAAGUCUUUUUAGUUACAAGAGUGGAAAAUCCAAGUAUAGCGGAUGGAGGAAAGGGAGUUCCGGAGAAUAAAGGGUCUUCGGUUACAGGAGUGGCCACACCAGGAAGUCCUGCCCUCACCAAUGGACUUGAGGCUGAAUUUGGAAGGGCACCGACAUGCUGUGAUAACAAAGAUUCUCAUGGAACAUAUUGUGAUAAAGAGUUAGAGGAAUUGCUACGUGAAGCCUCCACAGAGCCAGACCCAUCUCUGAACGUUAUAACACUAUAAGGAUUGAUUCUUCCGGCUCUUUGGGUUACCUUUUCUUCAUACCCUGAAUCCUUUUUACAAUCCCAUUCAUCUCGCCUUAAGAAAUGGGGGGGCCCCCCAUAGGAUCACACUUACACGGGUUCCCUUUUGAGAACAUGUAACUGAUCCUAAAUUUGCUUCUCCAUUAUGAUGGCAAUAAGGGCAGACACCGUUCCUGCAGGUAAAUGGAAUUUGCACAGAAUAAACGAAAAGCUCAUUCACUUCAAGCUGACGUUCCCCCGGAUUGGGUUGAGUUACUUUUACGGGUUCCCAGAGACAGGGACAUGGCUGGUCUCUCCAAAACACACUGGACUGUUACCGGUUCUGGGGAAAUCUGCAGAUGAGGGCUGCUACGGACAAAUAAACUGACCCCCCUCACAAUUGCCCACACUCAGUGGAUCAUCCAUUCAUCUACAUUCUAAUAGGAUUUUCAACCUUACCUUAUAUACAUCCCACUGCUUGAGUUACAUGAUGAGUAUAGAAUGCACUACUUUACUCACUUCACAAGAUCAUCUGCCUCUGAGGAUACAAAAAAGAUGUUCUGCGUAAAAAACAAAAAAAAAAAAAAAAACUUCAUUCUCUAUGGCCGGGACGUUAUAGGGUGAUAUAGGGGUUUAUGCAUAUAGGGGUGGAAAUCUCCUUACUAUAGUGUAUAACCGAUCUGCCUGCCUCAAGCCAUGUAAAGUGACUAGGGCUGGAUCAGUGACUGAUGGAACCAAGAUCCUAUCUAUUCCAUUCACUUGAGGGGUUUUUUAGUACUUUUUCCCUACACUGCUCUGGACGGUUUAGCUUUUGACUCCCAAAGCAUGUUUUUUUCCAAAAUCCUCUCUUUCUAAGGACCUUAGCUACUAAGACCCAGUAUCCUCCACCAGUGUAGAAUGAUGAGAUUGUACCACCAUCCCUGGGACACUCUGUUGGUCAACUUUAUAGACUUAGCUAGUAAGUUACAUAGGGCUGCAAGUACUUCAGAAACCCGUGUCGGUGAGUGGUAACCCUGUCAUUUUUGCCCAGACACUUUCUACACCCAGUUAGACCAGUUCCCCGAAAAAGCUCAUAGAGAAUCAUGAGGGCAAAGCUACAGCAGCGAGGUCGUAUUCAACCACAGGUCUGUAAGAAUAUCUUGACAUGCUAGUGGAUGUGAGAUCCCUUUAAAAA